GCACACCUGGCUGCCCGUAGGUGGCGGAAGACAACCGGCUGUGAAGGGAACACGUCACGACGUCGGACGCACGUUCGUAAAAGAGGCGCGAGGGAAGAUGGACUGAGCGGAGGUUCCGCGAUGGAGCUGUCUAUUGAAUUCACGAAACUGAGACUGUUUUAAGUGUUUUUUUGUUUGUUUUAAUCACGAUGUCGUUGCUGAAACCCUUCAGUAAGCUGCCGGGUUUGAACACCGCCAACAUUUUGCUGGUGGAAAGUGAGGAGCAGUUUCAGCAGAGUCUAGCGGACGCUCUGGUGGAGGAAACGGCUGUCACUGUGAAUGUCACUACCAACUCGGUUUGCUACAUAUCAGUGGCCAUGUCCAGCCUGACAACAAGCACGUUUAUUGUACCGAUCAGGAGACUAGCAAAGAGUCUCCCUCUGCCCGUGGAGAAUGAGGAGAGUCGUCCAAGAAUAGACCUGGUGGUGUUCAUCAUCAACCUGACCUCAGAGCUCAGUUUCCAGUCAGCAGAAGCUUCCCUGAAAUAUUUGGACCCUGGAUAUUUCCUUGGAAAAAUUUGCUUCAUGGUCACUAAUGCUCGUAACGCUUCAGUCCCCACAGAGCGCGUGGACGCUGUCAGAAAGCUGGCUGCUUCACUCCACUGCCCCCUGCUGUUUGCAGAGGAUCAGACACCAGAUGGUGUGACCAGUGCUACAGAGAGGCUGCUGACCAUCCUGAAGGUGGCGGCCGGUGUUGUUCCCAUGGCUACUGCUCUCUAUCUGUCCAACCUGACUCGAUGCACUGUGCCCCCAGACAUCGACCAGCCGAGCUUUGAUUAGUUCCUGUGACUGGUUUCUUUGACCUUCCCUGACUUUAUCAUGUAAAUACUUAUUUGUAGCAGUUUGUUGCAACUUUUAACACAUUGCGAACACAUCAGCGUGGUAUUUCCUUUUAUUCAUUUGGCAUUACAUGUCAGUGCUUUGGCUUAUAGCUGCUGCAGUUUCUGUCUUGUCCUUGCAGUAGCACUAUUUAUUUAUUUUGUUUAUUUUUGUGCUAAAUAUGUAAAGAAGACAUAAGAUGUUUCGACAUGUCACUUCUGGAAAAUGGGUAUAGAUAAUAAAUUUAUAAUAGCUCCUUCA